AUGGAUUCUUUCGAUAGUUCAGCUUUCGAUCCCGACGACGACUUAUUUGCCAACUUUAGCAGUGUGUGCUUGAAAAAUAACGCCCACCUCUGGUCCAAGCGCUGUUCCUGGAAUAUCGAACACGAUGCCGGCGAACACAUAACAACUCUGCCUAUUAACUUGAGGGCAGUGCAAACAAUGCCCCGGAAAUCGCGCGUGUCCAUUGUUGCCCCGGUCGACCUCCAAGCUUCCAGAGCCCCUGCGGAGCCGAUGCCUCCCUUUGAAUUCCCGGAUUAUCAGAAUCCUAAACUGGUAGACCAGCGGCACUUGUCGAGCUGCUCUUUCCCACCAACACCUCCAAGUGUUACUGAAAUGCCACUACCACCGCCUCGACUGCAGACUCUCAGGCGGAUCAGCGAGGUCAGCUUGCAACCACUGUUCGACGAUGUCAGCCCUUCAGAUGCUUCACUUACAGAACUAAACACUCUAUGGAUACCAAAGAAGCUUGAUUCGCCAGAUAGCGAGUUGUUCAGUUUUGAAAAACCCGAGCCCUUGGUCCAAGAGGUCGAGCAUCAAGAACCCAUCCAACCACUUCAAACAUAUGAAACUAAAAAACUUAUUCCCGAAUUUCAGCCAAUGCGCCCGCUCGACAGCAAUCGUUGCUCGCCUGGACUGAAACUGAAAUCUUAUGCCACCUCAAAAAAGGCAACCCACCGCAUGUCGGUCCGAAUGAGAGUGAGACCAACUGGUAACGCAUUUGGAGCUCCAUUAUUGAAUAAUAUCACCGAAACAUUUGAUUUUGAUAACCAAUGGCUUAGCAGCAUCUCACCACUUGGGGCACCGCCGCCCUCGUGCCUCAAGCACAUGCAACGGCCUAUCAAAACAUCCAGGACCAGUACUAACCAUACUCCCUUUGUAAAAGUACGAGUGAGCGACAAGCAAAUCGUCGUUUGCUCACCUUAA